AUGAAUGCGAGCAGCAGCGGCAGCGGCAGCGGUGGCGGCAGCGGCAGCGCCCUCGCCAGCAGAACCGCCGCCCUUGGUGUCACCGCUGGCCACCACCAAGUGCACGAGGAUGAGGACCAGCAGCACGAGGACGACCCCAUCCUGCUCGAGCUGUCGCAGCUCUCCCAGCAACGGGCGGCUGAUCUGGCCCAGUUUCGAUACACGCGCCAAACGCUCGAAGCUGGUGAGAGGAGGGGAUGA